AUGGGCUGGUUCUGGGCUGAGCCUGCCGCCGCCGCCGUGCCUACGGCAAGCGGCCAUGCUCCGGUCAUUGGCAAUACGGCUCCUCCGGCUGCAUGUCCGAUGCGCAAGAAGAGUCUCGAUGCGCUGAAACCCAAUGAACACCCCCCUGAGCAGGCUUCUGGCCCGUCCGUGCCUGGCCGCCGCGUAGCCCGCGAGGCUCGCCCAAACCAAGAAGGGCCCAAAUCUCUGCUCUCGCAGCUCAACCCACUCAAUUACAUGUUCCCCGACCUGUCGCAGGAACGUGCUCCCAAUCAAGCCAUCGCGCUGCCAACAAGUCGAGAGGAAUCAACGAUACCAAAGGGUUGCGGAGACGGCACGUGGGAGUAUCCUUCGCCACAGCAAAUGUACAAUGCUCUCCUGCGCAAGGGAUACACAGACACCGACAUCACUGCCGUCGAGUCCAUGGUGUCUGUUCACAACUUCCUCAACGAGGGCGCCUGGGCCGAGAUUGUCGGUUGGGAGCAGCGUUUCGGCAAGGGCCUGUACAACGGAUGGCAGGUUUGCAGGCGCGGCGAGGCUCAUGCACCCGAGGAGAUUGAGCGAAGCUGGGACGUCAAUGACCCCGAGCCUACUCUCAUCCGUUUCCAGGGCCGGCCCAAGGAUCUGACCCCCAAGGCAACCAUGCUGCAGGUGCUGGGCUGGAUCUAUCCAUCAAAGUUUGGCACCGAACCGCCAUUUGACCGCCACGACUGGUACGUCUCCCGAGAGGCGAACGGCGAGAGACAGCAGAUCCGAUACGUCAUCGACUACUACUCGGGCGAACCUGAGCCCACUGGUGAGCCUGUCUUCUAUCUCGACGUUCGACCUGCCGCCACCCCACGGGGCGCUGCCGAGCGCAUUAUUCGGUGGAGUACCGAUGUCUGGUGGAAAGCUAUCGGGGGCGACAAGCGAGAGCAAGAUCCGCAGCCCUUCUUCCGCCACAACUCCUUGAAGCCUUGGGGCUAG